CCAAUAAUUCACGGAUCCACUCUUACCACUAACACACAUGCAAUUCCAGUGGCCUAAUAAAUCAAACACAAAGCAAAGAUACAAAACACGACACUCAGCUAAAAAGAACAUAAAAUAUUACAAAGUCAUGAUUCUUCGAAGUGUAAUCUCUUCACACCAACCUUAUUCUCGCUCGCUAACACACAUGACACUUCUAUCCCCAACUCCAUCCCAUUUUCAUAUGCCUCAAAAUUCCCCCAAAAACAAAAACGUCGCCGUUAUCGGUGCAGGUUCCGCGGGCCUCGUUACAGCCCGAGAACUCCAACGAGAAGGUCACAGUGUCGUUGUAUUUGAACGAGAAAAUCAAUUAGGUGGCACAUGGGUUUACACGCCCGCCACAGAAUCCGACCCGAUUGGGAUCGACACGAACCGGGAAAUCGUUCACUCAAGUCUCUAUUCAUCUCUUCGUGUUAACCUUCCUCGGGAAGUAAUGGGUUAUCGGGAUUACCCGUUUGUGGCAAAGAAAAAGCCUAAUAGAGACCCGAGGAGGUAUCCUGGUCAUAAAGAAGUGUUCGAUUAUUUGGAGGAUUUUGCGGUUGAUUUUGGGCUUACUGGACUUGUGAGGUUUGGGAUGGAAGUGGGCCAUGUGGGAUUAUUGGAGAAUGGAAAAUGGAAGGUUAGUUCUAAAAAGAGAGAGAAUGAUGUUGUGUUUGUUCAUGAGGAAUAUGAUGCUGUAGUUAUAUGCAAUGGACAUUAUACUGAACCAAGAACUGCUGAUAUUCCUGGAAUAAAAGUCUGGCCCGGAAAGCAAAUUCACAGCCACAAUUACCGUGUUCCUGAUCCUUUUCGAGACCAAGUUGUUGUGCUGAUAGGGAGUGCUGCAAGUGCUACUGAUAUCUCCAGAGAAAUCGCUGAAGUUGCUAAAGAGGUCCACAUUUCUUCUAGAUCAGCUACAAGUGGAGUUCCGCUGAAGCUGCCUGGCUAUGAUAAUGUUUGGCAACAUUCUAUGAUUGAAUCUGUUGGUAUCGAUGGUGGUGUGAAUUUUCGAGACGGGUCCAAAGUCCUUGCCGACAUCAUCCUACACUGCACAGGGUACAAGUAUCAUUUUCCUUUCCUUGAAACUAAUGGGCUAGUAACUGUGGACGACAACCGGGUUGGGCCACUUUACAAACACAUUUUUCCACCAGCCUUUGCUCCAAGUCUUUCAUUUGUUGGGCUGCCUUGGAAGGUUAUACCAUUCCCCUUGUGUGAAUUGCAAAGCAAGUGGAUUGCUGGUGUUUUAUCUGGUCGCAUUUCUCUUCCAUCAAAGGAAGAUAUGAAUGCUGAUAUUGAGGCUUUUUACUCAUUCAUGGAAGCCGCUUGCAUUCCAAAGCGGUACACUCACAGUAUGGAUGAUUAUCAGUUUGACUAUGAUGAUUGGUUGGCUGCUGAGUGUGGAUCUCCACCCUCUGAAGAAUGGAGAAAGCAAAUGUAUUUUAUCUCAAGAAAGAAUAAAAAGACUCAGCCCGAGACAUAUCGUGACCAGUGGGAUGAUGAUGACUUGAUCAUUGAAGCUCAUGAAGACUUUGUAAAAUAUAUUCCUGAAAUAGUUCAAGCACAGAAGCUUUACAGAUGAUUUUUCGGGAGAACUGGCAUGCAAUAUGCUUGAAUUGUUUUUUUUUUUAAUUGUUACAGGAAAAUGUAGCUCAAUAAAUUGAGAAGUAUAGAUACAACUGGAUAUUCCUCUAUUAAUUUCAAUUGUAACUCUGCCGUCAAAAUACAUUGCAAGUCAUACAGGCUAUUUAUGCUUGUACACUUAUUCAAUAAGAUUCUGGUGAUUUCCCAGUUC